GCAGACAUCAUUAGCAACAUUCUGGGCUACAAAAGAUCUCAAAAUUUGGGAAGUAUUUGGAAGUUCCUCUUUUACACUCUCCGAUCGCUAAAAAAAACUUACAUCUAUAUUGUUGAGAGAACCCCAGAUUAAUUAUCCGGGUGAAAUGCCAAUUUGCUCUCUUUUGGAGUAAGACUCAGGCUCGCUAAGCCUGUCUUUAUGACCAUUCCGGGUUAUACAAUGUAAACUACCUUUCUUCCGAAAGGGCUUUAUGAUAAGAUUGAUCGUAUUGUUCGGCAACGUUGUUGGGUCCAGUAAGCUUAGUCUUGUUAACUGGAAAGAUAUAUGUUCUCCCUGAAAUCAUGGUGGUGGCAGCAUUUGUGAUUUAAAGAAUCAGUAUAAUGUGUUCCUCAUAAACUUGGGAUUUUCCAUUAUCACCAACUCGGACCUCUUUUGGGUUCAAGUUAUCCGCUCCAAAUAUAAAUGGGUUGAAAAAUAACUUUCCGGAUCAAGCCAAAGGUUCUUGUUCCAUUGUUUGGAGGAGUCUCGGCUGCCUUUGGGGGAAAAAAUUUCAACAAUUCGCAUUGGACUCUUGGAACUGGUAAUCAAAUUAAAUUUUGGAGUGACAAUUGGAUAGGUGAUCUUGGUCCCCUGAAGUUUUUGGCUUCUAGUCCACUUACUGAAGGUGAUCUUACUAAGAAGGUGAGUGAAGUGGUGAGCAAUGACAAUUGGCAUUAAAUUUCUAGUUUAUUUCCUUGUGCAGUCUUGCUUCGUAUUGCGACCGUAAGGCCUCCUUCUACUGCGGGUGUUUCGCACAAGCCCUAUUGGGGUCUAACUAGCUCCGGUGCUUUUAGCGUUAACUCGGUUUACAAGUUAUAGCAAACUAACCAUUUGGAAGAAGAAAGUGAUAAAUGGAAGAUCAUUUGGAAUUGGCCAGGGCCCAAAGAAUCAGAAUAAUGCUUUGGAUAACAGCUAAAGACAAACUCUUGACCAACAGGGAGCGUCGUAAAAGGCAUAUGGUUGAGGUCGAAACGUGUGAAACAUGUGGCAGCGACAAGGAACACAUGGACCAUAUUUUACGGCAGUGCAUGUUUGCAAGGGAAAGGAAUCGUCAUGAGAGCAGCGAGCUGUGGCACUCACUUUUGGCAUUACGUGCUGGUCAUAAUAGAAUUAUCGCAAUAAAUUCAUUUUCAACGAGGAAAGGCGGAGUUCAGACAUGCUCGCUCACUCCAUCAUUCAAACGGGGCAUUAUACCACAUCAGCGAAAAACUGUGGGAACUUGUCAAAGCCUGGUUUGAUUCCUGGAACUGAACAUCUGAUUGGUUGGGAAGACCCCUAAUGGUUGGUUGAAAAUUACACCGACGGUGUAGUUUAUACCUAGAGAAUAUGGCGGCAGUAGGUGAUCUAGCUCGUUCUUGUAACGGGAGUGGGUUUUUGGCCUUAGCAGGGAUAUUGACAGGUGCACGGUCCUUCAAGCAGAGCUCUGGGGCGCUUUUGAUGGCUUAGAAGCGGCUUGAAACAAGGGUUACAGCCUCGUUAUCUUAGAGAUGGACAACAAACCUGUUGUCGACAAUUUGAAAAGCGAUGCCAUUCAAGUUAAUGCAAAUGAAAAUCUUCUAAGUGCUAUCAAGGAGUUAAUGUGCAGGGACUGAUCCGUUUCCAUUUGUCUUGCUCAUAGAGAAGGUAGCUAGUGCACGGAUCAUAUAACUAACAUUGGCUACUCUCAUGACUUGGGUCUGAUGAUCUGCAGCGAUGUCCUGACAAAAAUUCAUAGGUUCUUAGCUGAUGAUAAUGGUGGGGUUUCUUUCCCUCAGAUGUAUAGAGGGUCUUAGAGGCUUGUUUUCUUCCGGCCUUGCAUCUUCAUUAAUCUAAAAAAAAAAUUAUGUAUUCAUUUUACAUUAAUUAAUUUAUAAUUUAUUA